CAUAAUUAUGUUUUUCCUGCUGAAGAUGAUGAAUGAGGCAGCAGACAUCUUGAAAGGAGCUGAUUUCGAGUUCCUUCAACAGUCUUUUCAUUUUAUUUAGGAAGAAGCUCAUCAGUCACUUCAAAUCAGGUGAUGAUGGAGUCAUAAACAGUAGGAUACAGAGGUGAAACAAAACUGGAGCUUUAGUUUGUUUGUUUGUAGAACUUGGCAUCUACUCCAGACAUUAUUCUGAAGAACACUCAAGUAAAAGAAAAGAAGAAAUGUUAAAGGUUAAGGACUUGGGCUCCAAUCAUACUUACACUUCAAAAGCUUUAAUUUGAAAGGCAACUUCAAAACUACUUUGUCAACUAUCCAGAGAUUCAGGGGAAUGAAAUCUUAGACUAUUUAUAAUUAAGAUGUUCCUUCAGAGUUGAAAACAACUACAUUCUAGCUUGAACGUCCCACAAGAAGAUGUGGGGUGGCAGCAGGCAGGGGUCUAACCUAGGAUCAUGGAGACCACUAAACGAUAGUCCAGAGUGUAUAUGAUUGAUUGAGUAGACAAAGAAGGGAUGGAUUACUGGAGCUAAGAGAAGGCAUAAUUUAACAAUAGACUACUUUGGGAUAUGGAAUGAGAGAGGCUAUAGUGUUGAUUAUAUAAAUAUGUAGGUCUCAGCUGGGGCUGCACAGCCACGGAAAAUACUGCAUUCCUAACUUAUCUUGGGACUUAUUAUAAAGCUUCCAUUAUCCAAGGACAUAUGAUUCUCUGGAGGCUUACAUCACUGGAAAAAGUCUUUGGGCCCCUGAAGAUUACAGUACAUGUAAUGCUGCAAAAGGAGGAGGAUGCUGGGCCAGGCACAUACAACUCAAUUUACUUCUAUUGGCUGGAAAUAUUUAAAGCAUGACAGUGGCGUAGGUAAAUUACCAAAUAGUGGAUCUUAUGUUGGAUUGAUCAGCCCUGAUGAACUGACCUGACCAUUGUAAUUGAAACCAUAACUCAUGACCACUCUAUCUGUAUAGGUCCUGGUAUACCCUGGGAUAAUGUUCACCCACAACUUUUAACUUGAAAUCUUAAAGGAAGUUUUGCUAAACUAACAAGCAUGAAUGUCUGGUACAGUAAGAUAGGGUUAAUGGUCAACCUGACAUCAUGGUUCAUUCAUUGGGACAGCUAAUGUUUGUGUCUGAUCAAGCAGUUCUCAAGUUAGGGCUUGAUGAAGUCUACAAACUGACCAUUAUAUCUACUGGACAAAAAAGGAUCUUAUAUGUAUAUUUUAAACCUGGUUAAUGCCUAUUUCUCCACUAUUGUCGACAUCUUGAGACAUCACCAUCGGCAGAAACCGAAGACGGCUGAUACAUUUGUGUGGCUGAAAAACUGAAGGCGUCGCUCAAAGACAGCUGAUACAUUUGUGUGGGUGAAAAACUCAAGGCUUCGCUCGAAGACAGCUGAUACAUUUGUGUAGGUGUAAAAUUCAAGGCAUCGCCUGAAGACAGAUGAUACAUCGUUUCCACGUGAGCGCUCGUCACCAACUUUUGACACGCUCUUGCAUUGUCGAGGUUUCACCUUACAUUGCUAUACAGAAGGUCCUCCAUUUAGACCUCUGUUCACUUAUGGUCAUUCUAAUUUUUCAGAGACUUUACAUAUUUGGAUUAUCUAAGCUGAAGUUCUCCACUUAAGUACUGUUGGAUUAUUUAUACGAAUGUUCAAGUACUUUUGGAUUAUUGAUCUUUGACGUUGAAGUUGGACUAACUUGUACCUAUUGGCGCUCUCCUAGUCAUCGUUGUACGCCGAAGAAAUAACACAUGCCUGCAUUACUACACUUACAUUUUGGAUUAUCUUAUUGGAUUAUUUGGAUUACCUGUUGGACUUGUGUUAAUUGUAAAGGUCAAGAGGAAAUAUUUUUUGACAUUACUUGAGCAUUUGAGCCAUCUUAUGGCAUAUGACUGGAUUAUUUUACUACUACUUUGAUGCUCACAUUGAUGUGUAUUCUCAAUCGGAUUACUUAGUUACCUUACCCAUGGAUUAUUAUUGAACUACUCAAGCUGUAUUUGUAUUUGACAAGCUACAAGAGAGGAUUAAUCUACAUCAGUCUACAAAAGAAAGUCUGUAAGUUAUAAUUAAGGAUUGAAUAUAUUCAUAUGAUUAAUAAAGUACAUUGAUUUUGCUGUGGUAUAGCAGUAAUUGAAGUUGAUUAUAUAUAGAGUUAGUGAUUGAUAACUCUUAGAACCAUAUUAAAUUGAUUUUCAUUUUCUAUAUUUGUUACCUUAAAGGGCGGUCGGCGUGGGUCUGUCUUAUGUUUUGAGACUGAAUCGGCACAAUUUAUUUGUUCCAUUCCAUUUCACUUCAUCUGAUAGGGAUCUUUAGGGAUUUUCUUGUUGUUCUCCUAGUCCUAAUAAGGUCCGAGUAGACCAGCCUUGUUCGGUAGGGACUUCUAGAUCAUUUUGAAAUUUUUUGUUUAGUGGUAUAUAGUUUUGUGUGUACAAUCGUAGUGUGAUUUCUCUUUGUAUUCAUAUUGUUUGUUUGUGUAAGUCUUGUAUUUACAUAUCUGUGAUUCUCUUGUCAAAGUCUUCUAUUUAUUGAUUUCUUUUAAAGCAGACUGUAUUGUUAUCUAUAUUGUUUUUGUGUUUGUCACCUAUACUUUAAUUUAUCUCUUUAUUCUCUCAUUAAUUAAUUUUUUUUUCAUUUUUUCACUGCACAUAUAACAUGUUACAAAGAUAUAUUUGAAGUAAUAAUAUUGUGUACAUAUAUACUAUCACUUGAAUUAGAGCCUUAUUUUUUGAGCUCUUGUACUUAUUUUGUAUUGACACAUUUCUCGUACUCUGAUUAUUUUGUUGGUACAUUUUGACGCAACACUUAUUACUAUUGACUCAUUUGUACAUUGUAUUUGGCACACAUUGAUUACAAACUCAACACAUUUAUUGGCCAUCUAUUAUUUAAAUAUCAAAGAUACAUGCAAAGUGAGACAUUAUUAUUUGUAUUUUGAUAACUAAGCACUCACUACACAGUUAAUACUACAUACAGAUUGGAAUCCUAUAUAUUUGUUGACUUUAUACACGUUGAAGAUUAUUUAAUAUUUAUUGACAUUAUACACACUUGAAGCCUAAACCCAUACCUAUCAACAAUGUCUACCUAUGAUAAAAUCUUGGAGUUGGCCAGAGAAAUGGAAUUGAAGGGUGAAAAGAAAAGAGAAUUUAUCGAAAGAGAAUUGGAUGAAUUAAAGAAGAAAGAACGUGAAGUAUCGGAACGAGAUGAACGAGCGGCAGAAAGAGCGCAUCAGAAAGAAAUGAAAGAAAUAGAGGGAAAAGUUGAGUUAGCUAAACUGGAAGCUGCAAAAGUGAAUCCGAACAUAUUACAACCACUGACACAGUAAGCCAAACCAUACGUCUCGAAGUUCCAUAAGUUCAAUGAGAAAAACGAAACUCUUGAAAACUACAUUGUGCAAUUUGAGCACAUAGCCUCAAUGUAUGACAUGUCUCCUAGAGAUAUGGCCAAGCACCUACUCGCCAAUCUUGCAGGUGAACCGCUGAACAUAAUAGCCACCCUGACACCUGAACAAAAGACUGACUACAAGGCUGUGAAAAACAGACUCCUCGAACACUUUGGCAAAUCCGAGGACCACUACAGAAAACUCUUUCGAGACAUCAGAUUGCAAAAGAACGGUGAUUACAACAGAAUUAUUUUUGAAAUUAAGCAAAAUAUCUUAAAGUGGCUUGAACUCUCCAACUGUGAUAUGACGAGACCAGACCAAAUCAUUGAUAUGUUCUUAAUUGACAGUGUACUAUUGAAUGUUACAGACAACAUUUUCACUUUCCUGAAAGAGAAGAAAAUUAAAAACGAAACAGAAUUCAUAACUAACCUGAAUUUAUUCAAAGACAGCCAUCCCAAUCACACCAUCGACAGAAGAGACCAUCAAAUAGCUGCCACCAUUAACACUGAUUCAAGUAAAUUCAAAUACAGCAGCAACAAUAAAACCUGCUUUAACUGCGGCAUAAAGGGUCACAUAAAGAGCCAAUGUAGAUCAAUCAACAGAAGCACUUUCCAGUAUCAAAGUGGCACAUAUCGAGACAAUAAAUAUGACAACAGAAGAAACAGCAGAGCAACCCAAAGUUACAGCCCUAAUGAUAGAAGAAGGCAAUACAACACCAACAACGAUAAUUACAACUUCCAGAACUAUCAAAGAAGACAGCAAUACAAUACCAACAAAUUUCAGAACUAUCACAGACAAUCCAGACGUAAUGGCUACGAACGAAACAGAUACAACAGAAAUACUUCAAACAGAUGGCAAAGUAACAGCAACAAUAGAAUCCAUAGACGCCCUAGCAGUUAUGACAACUCAGCCGCAACCAUCGACACUUACGAACACGAACAUGUAGCAUUCAUGAACUCAACUCCAGAAAAUAAUUCCUAUCCAUUACUUACAAACGGGCUGGACAACGCAUCACGAAACAGUAACAUUAGAACUGGAAACACACAUGACACUAGUAGUUAGCAAGCUAGACAUAGGGCAGCACAACAUACAAUUUUGUUUAUUAUACAAUAGGAUACAACACCAUCACAAAAUCACUAAAUAUCAGUAAUAUAACUAAACAAUGACAUUGUUCACAUAAGUCAACAACUAUAAUUAUCACACUAUUUUACAUAACACUAGCACCGUUAAGGACUCAUUAGCCAGUACAAGUGUAAUUCAUUGAAUCUGUUGAUGCCAUAUUCUACAUAUAACUUUGAUUGUAUUUGUACACAUGACACUUCAAAAGGUCAUAUGUGCCCAAUUUUUGCAUAUGUGUAAAUUAUUUUUCCAAGAGUCCAUUUGAACAGAACGCAGUCAUAUUAAAACCUGAGUAUGUGACACUAUUUAUUGAAAUGUAUUUUUCAUUUUUUCAAAUGUACAUAACCUUUGUAAAUUGUAUAGAUAUGACUGUGACAUUGAUCUUCACUGAUGAAUUUAUUUUUUCCCACAUAUCAGUUUUGAAGACUAUUUGAGCUUAAUUCGAGGCUUGAAACGAUACACUUGAUGAUAUGUAAUGCAAACAAUGAUUUUUUGAAAAGAAUAUUGUAUUUAAUUAGUGAGAUCUAUUUGAGCAUUACUGAUGGCUUGAAAAAUAAUUGUUACUGUGUAAUGCAAACUGAAUCUUUGAAUAGAAGAUUGUACUUAAUAUGAGAAGUAUUGGAGCAUUAUUGAUGGCUCAUGAAGUAAUAUAUAUAAUGUGUGAUGUAAUCGCUGAUUUUUUGAGGAGAAGAUUGUAUUUAAUAUGAGAAAAUUAUUUGAGCAUUAUUGAUGGCUCGUGAAGCAAUACAUUUGAUGUGUGUCAUAGACACUGACAUUUUGAGAAGAUUGUAUUUAAUAUGAGAAAAUUAUUGGAGCAUUAUUGAUGGCUCGUGAAGUAAUAUAUUUGAUGAUGUGUGAUGUAGACACUGACAUUUUUUGAGGAGAAGAUUGUAUUUAAUGACAAAACUUUUGGAGCAUUAUUGAUGGCUCAAGCAGUAUAUUUUAUAUUAUGUGAUGAUAAUACUAAUUUUGAGAAGAAUAUUGUAUGGAUAUGAGAAAACUAUCGAAGCAUGAUUAAUGGCUCGAAGUAAUAUACUUGAUUUUUGAAAGAACAUUGUACUUGAUUCAUGAAGACUAUUGGAGCACUAUUAAUGGCUCAAAGUAAUAUAUUUGAUUUUUGAAUAGAACAUUGUAUUUGAGUGAUGAAGACUAUUAGAGCACUAUUAAUGGCUCGAAGUAACAUAUUUGAUGUUACAUAACGUGAAAAGCUGAUUCAUUUUUUCGAGAGAAGAUUGUAACUUACACUUAUGUUAAAAGAACUUGUGCUCACAGUAAGACAUAUGAGCCAAAUGAAUAUCAUGAUAACGACCUUGAUGCUUUAAUAUGCUUAUGACUUUGAUGAUUUAAAUAUGUUCCUCAUAAAUCAUCAUUAAAGAAUAUAUUUUCUUGACUUUCAUGAUUUAGUAGCAUUGUCAAAACAUUGCCAUUAUUUUUGUACAUAAACCAUUGAGACAACAUAAAUAUUUAUUAUAGAUACAUUUCACUUGCAUUGAUUUAUUUUAAAGAACAUUGUCAAUAUCUUUUCAUUUGACCAUGUAACCAUUGUCAAUAUUUUUCAUUUGAUUAUGUAACCUGAUGGGAUAAACUAAGUAUAUUUGUAUACGAGCAUUUUUCAUGGCUGCUCAUUCCUUUGUAAAAUUAAUAUUGAAAGCAUUCUUUUGAUAAAUUGAGAAUUUACUUUGAAAUUUUGUGUAAAGAAACACUUGCUUUUUGAGUAAUGUUGACAACUAUGAGUAUUGUCUACACAGACAAAUAUUUUUUCAAAUAUUGUAAGGUCAAAUGAGACCAUAUAUUAGUCUCAUCAAAUUUUUUGAUGGCAUGAUAAGACAUGUGCCAGAGAUUAUAGCACACAUUGUACAUUUGUAUGGAUUUUUUCUCUCUCAAAAGAUGUGACUAUACAUAUAAUAGUAUUAUUACUUAAAUUUCAAAAGAUUUUUACAAAAUCUUUUUUUUUUGAGGGAAAGGGCGUAAUGUCACAGUCUUAGUUGACAUUGCAUGAUCUAAAGUUCACAUCAUGUUAAUAGUUUAAAAGACACGUGGAAUUCCUAAUGUAGAAAACAGGAAGUAGAAUGAAUAAAGUUGACUUUGAAGUCAGUCAGUCAGUCAAGUAAAGCAGUCAAGUGAAGUCAAGUUAGAAGUCAAGUGUUAUUCUUUGGACCGAGUGGUCAAGUAUAUUUUAGUCCGGGAUGGACAGUAGCGACUUAGAAAAGUCUGUAGUAAUUUCAGUUAGAAAGUAACUUGUGGGCAGUUGUUGCCAGUGGUCUUUUGAGACAUGUAUUAGUUAAUCUAUAUUUCUACACAGUGUUGCCCGCUGAGAUGCGGACAUGAUUUGUUGUUAACGUAUUGGAUACUUUUGAUACCGCUGUUAUGCGGAUAGGAUUAUUAUUUCUUGACUUGUAGCACUAACAAGGAGUGCAGUAUAUUAUUAUUAUUAUAGUAAAAUAAACUUCAUGUUGUCUGCUGAACGGACUUCAGUCAGUCGUAUAGUGUUUGUCUUGUCACGUGUCUAGAGUACUUCAGGAAGUAAGAACUCAAUAUUACACCAUUCAACGUUCAUUGACAGACCCCCUCCCUCCCAAUCAUUUCCUCUGCCUUAUCUUGAUGACUUUGACUUUAAUUAGACAUUAAGCUUUCCAUGUGCUGAAAUUUAGCAUUGUAGAACGGGAAAUAAAUUGUCUAUGUCAGUUCAAAGUGUGUAUACUUUUUUUUGACGCACCCUGUAAAUAUAUUGUAUUCAGUGAUUUUUUUAUUUUACCAUUUUCUAAUAUUAGUUUGUUAGCUCAAUAACAAUUAACCUUUUAGAUUGUUAUCUUUCGUAAUUUUAAGACUAGAAAACAAGAUCUCAAAAUUAUAUUUAGAACGAUGAUUACAAUUACUUAGUCAAUUACUUAGAUAAAAUAAUUAUAAAACAAAAUUUAUAUAAAGACAUAAUUAUACAAUGUUUAUAUUUUGUAUGUUCAUAAAAAUGUGUAUAGCAGUGUUAUGGAGUGUGUGUGUGUGGGUGUUUCCAAGGUAACGUUGAGAAAUUUGCGAUUGGUUGGCGGAUAUGCAGUGAGGAUGGUGAAAUUACAAAAAUGGUCUAGUGUAAUGCAAAUUACCCAGGGAUCUGAAACUGUACAGACAGGUUUUUUGUAGUGAGUUAGAUUUUGUUUAAAAUACUUAAAAUACCAUUUUAUAUUAUUGCUACUAGAUUUAUUUCAUUUCAUCUAGGUUAGUAUUAAGGUUAGUGUUAUGUUGUAAUAAAAGUUAUAUUUAGUUUUGUUUCAUAAAAAGAAGAUUUUUCAAGUUUCACAAUUAAAUAUAUAUAUAUAUCCAAGCAGUAGUUCUCACCAAACUUUCAUACACUGGCAGAACUACCUUAAAAAAAUGUUCUGCUGGAGGCUGGUGUGGGUAGUAUAGAAGAAAUACUUAUCAUUCAACAGCUGUGAUGGGUUGGAAAAUUAUCCCACAUGGGGGGCGACUGCAUGCCAAAUGGUAUCUUCAAGGAUGGCAUAACGGGGUGCUCCUGUAAGCACUAUAAAGAUUAAUUUAGGCACCUUUUUGCAUUGAGGAAAGUAGGUUGUAAUAGGGUUUAUGAAAAUGCUGCACUCAUCUUUUAUCUUCAGCAUCAUUAUUAUUAUUAUUAAACUAUUACUCAAAUUUUGCUUUGUUAUUUUGCCAUGUAGAGAUUUACUGCUGCUGGGGUGAACAAUGCUUAAAAAAAUACAAAUAUGCUGUGUUUUUACUUUGGCCCAGUGGUGGCUCCCACAUUUAUGUCUUGUAUUUUUCUAUACCAGUUCUGUUACUGUGCAAAUGCAAAAAAAAAAAAAUACAAGUUGUUGCACUAUUGAAAUUUUUUAUACUAAUUUUUUUAUUUAUAUUAUUAAUUAUUUAUUAUUAUCUAAGCAUCUGUUUGUAUUUGAGCUGGGUAAUGAAUAUAGAUUCUUAAAUUUCAUUGUUGUUUGUUGCAUUCCUCACUUUUAAACUGUGACCAUGUAAAUUUUGUCGAGAUGGAGAAUGGUAAUGUCUUAGUGUUAAUGAUUAGAUUGAGAAUGGUAAUGUCUUAGUGUUAUUGAUUAGAUUGAGAAUGGUAAUGUCUUAGUGUUAUUGAUUAGAUUGAGAAUGGUAAUGUGUUAGUGUCAAUGAUAACAGUGAGAAUGGUAAUGUCUUAGUGUUAUUGAUUAGAUUGAGAAUGGUAAUGUCUUAGUGUCAAUGAUAACAGUGAGAAUGGUAAUGUCUUAGUGUUAUUGAUUAGAUUGAUAAUGGUAAUGUCUUAGUAUCGAUGAUUACAUUGAGAAUAGUAAUGUCGUAGUGCCAAUGAUAACAGUGAAAAUGGUAAUGUAUUAGUUUCAUUGAUUAGAUUGAGAAUGGUAAUGUCUAGUGUCACUGAUUAGAUUGAGAAUGGUAAUGUCUUAGUGUCAAUGAUAACAGUGAGAAUGGUAAUGUCUUAGUGUUAUUGCUUAGAUUGAUAAUGGUAAUGUCUUAGUAUCAAUGAUUACAUUGAGAAUAGUAAUGUCUUAGUGCCAAUGAUAACACUGAGACAAUCAUUAGAUUGAGGAUGGUAAUCUCUUAGUGUCAAUGGUGUAAUACUAUGAUUAGAGUGAAAUGGGUCUUACACAUUGUCAAGCAAAGAGGUACCAUUUUUGAUCACGCGACCACAUUUUUUUUAGUAAGUUAGCGCCAUGAUGUAUCAAGAGACGGAGGUGUCUCUGGUUUAUGAAAUUGGAUUAAAUAAUAUGAGUACCUAAUUGGAGCUUUUUCUAUGGAUGUAGUUUGUAUUUGAUGUGAAAUAAUUCGUGAUGAUAUUUUAUGGCUGAGAUUGCCUACUUUCUGAACUAUUAUUUGAUGUAAUAAAUAUUUGUCUGCCA